GACUCCCUUUUCAAACCCAACUGUAGUGUCGCACCAAACGGCCCCCGUGCAGCAGGCGGAUCUGAUGGUAGUGAUGUUGAAUCUAAAAACCGUUGCUAUCGCUUCCUAAAUCUGGAUUACAUCGUUUCCCUCAACGACUAAUCUCCCAAUUUCCCCCUUCCCCCUCUUGGAACCGUUUUUGCACCGGAACCGCAUCGCCCAGUGAUACAUGUGAGAAAGUGCGCGUGUGUGUGUUUGUUGUGGGUAAUUUUCUGUUCUGCAUUUUGUUGACGAUGGCUGCUACCGGUGGAACGGUGCACGGUCGGCUGCUGCUGUCCGCGCUCUGCGUGAUCCUCACGCUGGGAGGAUCAUCGUCCGAGCCGGAUGGGGAGCUGGCGGCGGAUCGUCCCAAGACGGCAUAUCUCGGCUGCCACAAGCGGCUGUUCACGUACCGCGUGUCCCAGACGGACAGCAAGGGCCGCGAGUGCUGGGAUCACGUGAGCGUGCUGUCCUGCUGGGGUCGCUGUGAUUCGAACGAAAUCUCCGACUGGCGGUUUCCGUACAAGCGGUCCCACCAUCCGGUGUGCGUGCACGCCGGCAGGACGAAAGCGGUAGCCCUGCUGCGCCACUGCCAUCCGGAUGCGGAUCCGGCCGCGCGCCAGUACGAGUACAUGGAGCCAAAGUCUUGCAACUGUCAGACUUGCUCCAGCACGGAUACCAGCUGUGAAGGGCCGAAGCAACUCAACACGGAAGCGGUGACGAAGAUAUUUCAAAUCGACGAGGAAGAUGCGGACCCAGAAUAUCCGUAGAAAGUCGGCUUUCGGAAGCUAAAACUAAACCAAUUCCAUCGUCCCCCAUAUUUGGUAGCCAUUCAACGUGUGGAGAAGAAGAGCGGAGGGCCGUACACCAACCGAUUUGCCAACGAUCGAGAAGACGGCGUGUGUUCUGCAUGAUACUAUGGAACUAUACAGCAACACAAAACGGAUACAUGUAAACCAGUAGAGCCUAAAACGAAUUAAAUAAAUGCGUUAUUUUUGAACCGAAUCA